AUGUCCCAAUAUUUGCUGCAAGCCAGGAGUGAAUCUACAGUGUCCAAAUACUUUUCAUAUUUCCGGAAGUGGGAGGAUUUUAUUGUGCGAGAGCACGCGUGUGCAUUACAGGCCCAACCAAUACACGUGGCCUUAUAUGUGUCUUACCUGUUGGACAAAGGGAGUUCUUACAACGUCGUUAACGCCGCUGUAUAUGCAAUCAAAUGGGCCCACAGCAUUAGUAGCUUGCCUGAUCCUACAGAGAACGGUUUUGUCAAAAACAUGGUCGAAGCAGCCAAACGUCAGGAAAGGACCCCGCGCGUGAAGAAAGACUGUGUCUCGUCGGAACUGUUAAUACAACUUUGUAAGAAAUAUAAAGACAGUAAUGACGCUUUAAUAGUCAGAGACUUGGCAAUGAUAGUGGUCAGCUUCGCAGGGUUUCUCAGAUUUGACGAGUUGAGCAGGUUGCGUAUGAGGGAUGUUGCGUUUAAUGAUACGUAUGUAAGUCUUAAUAUUGAGAAGAGUAAAACUGAUCAAUAUAGGUUCGGGAGUGAGGUAGUCAUUUCAAAAGGAGAGACUGUGGCGUGCCCGUAUCGAAUGCUUGAAAGAUAUAUAAAGUUCAGCAAUAUCUUAGAACCAAAUGACUUUCUUUUCAAACCUUUCGUACGUAGCGGAGGCGUAUGUAAGCCAAUUUUAAAAUGUAAGGCGCUUAGUUAUACUCGUGCAAGGGAGUGUGUGGUGCAGAGGUUGAAGGAAAUAGACGGGGGUCUGAAUUUAGGAUUACAUUCUUUAAGGGCGGGCGGCGCCACGCAGGCGGCUAAUAGCGACGUAAAUGACAGGUGCUGGAAAAGGCACGGGCGGUGGGAAACCGACGUCGCUAAGGACGGUUAUGUCGCUGAUUCCUUGGCCCGUAGGCUGCAGGUUACUCAGAAGUUAGGUCUUUAA